AAAACAAAUGGAUUCCCAAUGUUCACACGCAGGAAAUGCUUUGCUCCGCUUUUAUCUCAUAUUUCACAUUCCCUUCCAACCCCUGAUCUCCAUCAAUCUCUCUCCGUGUUCCGCUGCCUGACCCCGCCGCCGGUGGAAUAUCGUUUUAUCCAUGGCGGACGACUUCACCAAAUCAGUCGAGGAUGGCCUCAAGCUCGCCAAGCGGAUAUACUUCGGGAAGGACCGGUCGGUGACGCCGCCGAAGCCGGUGUCGAUGGAUAAGUCGUCGAAAUCGUAUCUUCCGACUGCGCCGAUGGUGUACGCGGUGAUAUUCGAUCCGGCGAUUGUGGAUAAUCCGGAUAUUCCGAGUUACCAGCCUCAUGUGUACGGAAGGUGCGAUCCGGCGGCGUUGAUUCCGCUUCAGAUGAAUGGGAUAGCGUUGGAGGUGGAUUGUUAUUUGGACACUGCGUUUGUUACGCUGACUGGAUCUUGGCGAGUGCAUUGCGUUAUGGGAAGCCGGAGCUGCGAUUGUCGUUUGGCUGUGCCAAUGGGCGAGCAGGGUUCAAUUCUAGGUGUUGAGGUUGAUGUCCCUAGAAAAUCAUAUUGUACUCAACUGAUCACCAUGGAGGAAAAUAAGGAUAUGGAAAAGGCAUCCCGAGCUGGAGAUGGAGGAUUUUUAAAACCCCAUAUAUUUACCUUAACAAUUCCAGAGGUCGAUGGGGGUUCCAAUCUGUCAAUUAAAGUUAGAUGGUCUCAAAAAUUAUUAUAUCACGAUGGCCAGCUUACAUUAAUUGUACCAUUUCAUUUUCCUGAGUAUGUCACUCCUGCUGGGAAGAAGGUUUCUAAAAAGGAAAAGAUACAGUUGAAUGUGAACUGUGGUACUGGAAUGGAAGUUCUGUGCAAGACAACUAGUCAUCCUCUCAAGGAAAUUCGACGCCAAGUAGGAAAAUUGAGUUUUUCAUAUGAGGCAGAAGUUCUUACAUGGUCUAGUACGGAUUUUACUUUCUCAUUCAGUGUCCCUUCAAGCCAUAUUCAUGGCAGUGUGCUUUUGCAAUCUCCAUCUGUCCAUGAUGUUGACCAAAGAGAGAUGUUCUGCUUGUAUCUAUUUCCAGGAAAUCAGCAGACUGGGAAGGUUUUCAGAAAGGAGGUUGUAUUUGUUGUUGAUAUAAGUGGAAGCAUGCGAGGAAAGCUGCUUGAGGAUACAAAGAAUGCUCUGUCUGCUGCUCUCUCAAAGCUUGAUCCAAAAGACUCAUUCAGCAUAAUAGCUUUUAAUGGAGAAAUUUUUAUAUUUUCAUCAUCAGUGCAGUUAGCUACCAAGGAAGCAAUUGAGAAUGCCAUUCAGUGGAUUAGCAUGAACUUUAUUGCAGGGGGUGAUACAAACAUUUUGCUUCCCAUGAACAAGGCAAUGGAGUUGUUCUCCCAUUCUCCUGGUUCAAUUCCUAUCAUUUUCUUAAUUACUGAUGGAUCUGUUGAAGAUGAGAGACACAUUUGUGAUGUAAUGACGAGUUACUUAACAAAUGAAGAAUCGAUACAUCCACGAAUUUACACUUUUGGCAUAGGUUUAUAUUGCAAUCAUUAUUUCUUGAAGAUGCUUGCAAUGAUUGGCAGGGGCCAUUAUGAUGCUGCAUAUGAUGCAAAUUCGAUUGAGCUUCGAGUGGAAAGACUAUUUACCAGGGCUUCUUCAACCGUUCUUGCAAAUAUAACUAUUGAUGAUUUGGAGGACCUUGAUGAUUUUGAGGUGUAUCCCUCCCACAUGCCAGACCUUUCAUCUGAAAGCGUGUGGACAGUCUCAGGCAGAUACAAGGGAAAUUUUCCUGACACUAUUCAAGCUAGAGGUAUCUUUGCAGAUUUGAACAAUUUUGUUACAGAUUUGAAGGUACAAAAGGCAAAGGAAAUCCCUCUUGACAGGGUACUUGCAAAGCAACAGAUUGGCUGGCUCACAGCUCAGGCAUGGUUUUCAGAAAAUAAACAGCUUGAGGAGAAGAUUGCGGAAAUGAGCAUACAGACUGGUGUUAUUUCGGAGUAUACUCGAAUGAUCUUACUGGAGACUCAGCGAGGAGCCCAAGGUUCAGAACCUGGUCGAGUGCAAGAGCCUCCCAAAACAAUGGAAUACCAGAGGCCGGUAGUAGACUCUAAAGUCCAGAAAAUCAUAUUGCUGCAGAGCUUAGGCGUGGGCUUUGGCAAUGUGAACGCCACAGCUGAAAACUACCCACCGGGAUCAGAAGAAGUAAAGUUGCCGGAGGCAGCAGAGAUAUUUGUUAAGGCAGCUUCCAAUUGUUGUGCAAAGAUGUGUGGUUACUGCUGUUGUAUGUGCUGCAUUCGAAUGUGUACCCGAAUGAACGAUCAGUGUGCGAUUGUACUCACGCAGCUCUGCAGUGCCCUCGCCAUUUUGGGCUGCUUCAGCUGUGCAGAGUUAUGUUGUUCUGGACAAGAGGGAGGAUAGAGAUUAUUAUCGUGGAAACACCCAGAUAUAUUGUUGUAUGUUGUUUUAUAAUACAAAAUGAUAAAAUACAAAACAGAUUAUAUUCUUAUCAUUUAUUUCCUUGGA